AUGCGUCUUGUUGGCCACGGCUUGAUCGACAUUGCCCUCCGUGUUCAUUUGGCAUUCAUCACCCUGGAUUCCCACCAGCUCGAGGACGUACAGCUGCCCUUUACGGCUGUCAAGUGCGUCAUUGGGCAGUACCUUGAGGUUUUCCACGAUUCCUCUUGGGCUUGUUUGGUUGUCGGCUCUUUCUACGACAACCAGGACGACGAGCUCUGGCACAUCGAGGUGUUCAUCAGUUGGAAGGCCGGAGCUACUCAGUCAGAGACUGAUUCGGAGUUUGGUCAACAGCGACUAAUUCACACAACUCCUCACUCUUUUGGCGACCCUGUCAUCGGCCAUCAGUUCUUGCACCAGUCGCCCUUUGCAUUCCCGGUCCUUUCGCGUGGAACCCCUUUCUUCCCAGCACGUGCCUCCUACUCGCCCGGAAUGUCAAACAUCGGCCACGGUUGGAACCCUACCACCGGCUGGGACACCGGCCACCUGCCUCCCGGUACCGGCCACGCAACGGGUCCAGCGGGAUAUUCGUUGCCUUCUCAGCCGUCUUUUGUCUCAGGUGGUCUCCCGGAUAUGACCUAUGCUAGCCCGGGCGGUUCGUACCAUUUCACAGCUCAUUUGCCUGGCCCCCCUGGCUCCAUCGGCCCCGUCUACACCAUGCCGCAGAACGGCUACCAGCACCCGGUUCCGGUCAUCUCUGAUCAGCCUGGUGGUCCUCGUUGGCCGAUGGCCCACCCUGUGGUCAGCCCCGAGUGUCCUGCCAUCAACCUUCAGAACUCGACUGGUGGUGUGGGCUGCGAGCCGGGAUACAACUACUACUUCCCAGCCGACCACACCAAAGUCCAUGUUAUCAAGUCGCGUGAGCCACCCUGGCGCCUCGCUGCAGGCAUGGACCUCCAGUUUGUCGCCUUCCAUGUGCCUUGCAACACCACUCUAGGCGACCUCAUGAAAGGUUUCGGUGCCACGAACUCGGUGGCUAAGAAGAACAAGAUCACGGAAGUGACUGAGGGUGGCAACAAUCGCUGGUACAAGGGUGUUACGUUUUGCGCCGACGAUGCAGACGAUAUGAAGAAGACGCUCAAGGAUUUGGGAUGGGACAAGUCGCGUACCGGCCGGCAUGGGGAAAGGCCUGUUGUUUGGUUAUGGGUUACCAAAGACUAG